AGGGAACGAUGGAGCACAGGGGAUUGGGCGGGAUCUAGACUCCUAAUAAUGCCUUCUUAGCCAAUGAAAAGCAUUUCCUAUUGAGACCCCCAAGAGUUCCCCUGGCCCUCGGCUCCAGCUCGGACUUCAGGCCUUUUUGUGUCCUGUUUGCUAAAGGCAUGCGGGCUACAGCAUUCAAGAGAGGGAGUCGUUAACAAAGGGAAAGAGAUAAAUGUAAAUAAGCUCACAUUUUCAGAAUGAGCGGUUUGCAGUAAGAAGCUGCGGCAGCCCAGAGUCUGCUACUUUAGGCUGGGCUAACCUUUCCCUGUUAAAAAAAAAAAAAAAAAAAAUGGAUAAAAAUAUGCACUUCCAAAGGGCGAGGUGCCCAUUUACAUGUUUAUUAGUUAAUUAUCUACAGGCAUCAGCACAUUCUCUCAUCUAGCACACUCUUUCUUGGGCACCCAUUGGAGGAAAUCUCUAACUACAGUGCCUCCAGGAAGCUCAUUGGUUAUUCCAGUCUUAGAUAAAAUUGGUACCAGGAUUUGGUUCGAACUAAUGUGGAGGAAAAUAUUUCCUACCGGUCCCUAGUGUCAGAGUGGUGAACCCCUGCAGCCAGCAGGCCUCCUGAAAAAAAGUCCAUGGGUGACAGAAGAUUCAUUGACUUCCAAUUCCAAGAUUCAAAUUCAAGCCUCAGACCCAGGUUGGGCAAUGCUACUGCCAAUAAUACUUGCAUUGUUGAUGAUUCCUUCAAGUAUAAUCUGAAUGGUGCUGUCUACAGUGUUGUAUUCAUCUUGGGUCUGAUAACCAACAGUGUCUCUCUGUUUGUCUUCUGUUUCCGCAUGAAAAUGAGAAGUGAGACUGCUAUUUUUAUCACCAAUCUAGCCCUCUCUGAUUUGCUUUUUGUCUGUACCCUACCUUUUAAAAUAUUUUACAACUUCAACCGCCACUGGCCUUUUGGUGACACCCUCUGCAAGAUCUCUGGAACUGCAUUCCUUACCAACAUCUAUGGCAGCAUGCUCUUUCUCACCUGUAUUAGUGUGGAUCGUUUCCUGGCCAUUGUCUAUCCCUUCCGAUCUCGUACUAUUAGGACUAGGAGGAAUUCUGCCAUUGUGUGUGCUGGUGUCUGGAUCCUAGUCCUCAGUGGCGGUAUUUCAGCCUCUUUGUUUUCCACCACUAAUGUCAACAAUGCAACCACCACCUGCUUUGAAGGCUUCUCCAAACGUGUCUGGAAGACUUAUUUAUCGAAGAUCACAAUAUUUAUUGAAGUUGUUGGGUUUAUCAUUCCUCUGAUAUUGAAUGUCUCUUGCUCUUCUGUGGUGCUGAGAACUCUUCGUAAGCCUGCUACUCUAUCUCAAAUUGGUACCAAUAAGAAAAAAGUUCUGAAAAUGAUCACAGUACAUAUGGCAGUAUUCGUGGUAUGCUUUGUACCCUACAACUCUGUCCUCUUCCUGUAUGCGCUGGUGCGCUCCCAAGCUAUUACUAAUUGCUUUUUGGAAAGAUUUGCAAAGAUCAUGUACCCAAUCACCUUGUGUCUUGCAACUCUGAACUGUUGUUUUGACCCUUUCAUCUAUUACUUCACCCUUGAGUCCUUUCAGAAGUCCUUCUACGUCAAUACCCACAUCAGAAUGGAGUCCCUGUUUAAGACUGAAACACCUUUGACCACAAAGCCUUCCCUUCCAGCUAUUCAAGAGGAAGUAAGUGAUCAAACAACAAAUAAUGGUGGUGAAUUAAUGCUAGAAUCCACCUUUUAGGUAUGAGAACUGUGUUCAGGUCCAGAUAUGGUUUCUCCUAUAAUUUUUCCUAUGCUAUAAACUAAAGAUUUGAAGCUAAUGAUACUGAGAACAAUGCACCAAAUCCAAUCAGAUACAUUUGUUUGAUGGUAUACUGUGCAGUUUUUAUUGCUGUUUUGUUCAGUAAUUAUAGGUCAAGUCUAAUUACAACAACCAAGAUGGAUUGCCAAACUCUCCUGCUUGGUUGGAAUUUCAUUGUAUCACACUAUCCAUGUGGCCAGUGGCAUUUGAUAAUAUAGAGAUGACUUUGAAACUUUCAAAAAGGUAUUUCCAUUCCAGUGAUAUUUGGUAAUUAGGUUGGACCUAUAAAUAUAGAACAAAUUCAGGGAUUUUUAAAAAAUUGUGUUACUACUGAUGUAUGCUAGUUUUAUUUCUCUUUUGAAUUGUCAUUGAGUUUAUUUUAGCACAAGAAUAUUUUUAGCCUAACAUUAUUAAUAAGAAAUGUGUCAAAUUUUUGUCAUCAGUAAAAUAUGUUAUGUGCAUUUUGAAAACAGAGAAUAAAUUGUGUUGGCAUGUACGUGGGUGGGAAGAAAGAGAAAAUUAAUGGGAUUUACACAAUUAUAAUCACCAGCAGUGUGAGUUUUAAAAACUUCGUUGGUUUUACACCACAUUAAAAUUUUCAUGUCAAACUUCAAAGCCAGAAAGCUGCUAAAUAUGUGUCUGGCAGGUAAAAGCUGGAAAAUUACUUAAAACAAUAAAAUGUCAAUAAAAAACUGGAGCAACAACAUGUUUUUUUCUUAAAAAGUCAUGUUAUCUUCAUUGUGGGAAACUAGGUUCUAUAAAAUCUUUAUCCUCCCUAUUAUACUUUGGAGCACAGCACAGCCAGAAAGGGGCUGCAUUUGUGCCCAGGUCAGGAGCAAAUUGAAAAAAAUAAAGUAAUACAAAUAAUCAAACUAUAAAGCAAAAACAUUUAUUAAAAACUGAAUUAAUCAUUUUUGGAGGGAGGAGUAGAGAUACAUAACCUGAAAAUACUUAUUCUUUCUUAUUGAAUUUUGGAGUAUAAUAUAGCCAGGAACUGCUGAAUUUGUACCCCUAGAUUGGAAGCAAAUCGAAAAAAAAAAAAAAACCAGCA